CAGAUUCCCACUGUACCCACAUAAAUAAAAAACUCUGGAUGAAGAAAUGCAUGUUUACACAAAACCUAUGGUAUGGUUCAGAUAGUAGUUGGCAGUAAUGUUGAAAACUGUGCUUUUUCCACUAGUACAAUCCUUUAGGUUUAGUUAGCUAUGGUGGUCUCAUUGUUGAAAAGUAUGCUCUUAUCCCUAUACUAAUGCUUUUUUGUUGUUGUUGUUCUACAGGACAAUCGCACAUCCGAGCACUAAGUCAGCACAAGAAGUGCUCCUCAAUCUUGCAUCCCAAAUCAGCAGUAACCAAAGAUGCAGGUUUAACAUUAAUAGGUCGUCAGUUCUGGAUGGUGCCAUUCGUGGCUUCAAACGACUGUCCUACAAUCCUGCAUCCCAGAUGUGUGUCAAGUUUUCAGAUGACUUGGGAAUGGAUGAAGAGGCUGUGGAUCUUGGUGGCCCAAGGAGAGAAUUUUUAAGAUUGCUUAUGGAAGCCUUGGCACUGUCACCAAUGUUUGAAGGAAGGGACAGCAAACUGAGUUUGGCUCUAGACAGUACUGCUUUAAGAGAAGAUCGGUAUUUCAUCGCUGGACAGGCCAUUGCUGUAAGCCUUGUUCACGGUGGUCCUCCACCAGGAUUUCUUGCACCAACACUGUAUUCGAGUGUAGUUGUUGGAAAUUCCUCAAUAAAGCCUGUCUUGGAAGACAUUGCAGAUGCUGACCUUUAUGAGAAGGUUAAAAAGGUGUCAGAAUGUUCGUUUUUGGAUGACCUGUUACACACCACAGAACCAUUGCAAGAUUAUCUGGCAAAUGCAGGGUGUCUCAGGCCAUUGAAAUGCAUCGAAGACAGAGACUUGCUGGUCCAAGACAUUACCAUGUUCCAGGUGGUCCACAGAGUUGCCGGGGCAUUUGAAAGAUUUAAGGAGGGGCUGAAGGUCCUUGGUGUUCUAGAUGCAUCUUUGUUGUUCGCUUGCUUGUUUUACUGUGUUUUAGAGCAAGAGGGACCAUCAAAGCUAGGUAAAAUCCUAGCCUUUGCAACAGGUGCAAGUGUCGUCCCUCCAGUUGGCUUCUCCCCUCAGCCAUCAAUUGAUUUCCUGCAUGAACAUUCCUCCAGCCCCAAACAGCGUUUGCUCAUGGCGAACACUUGCAUCAACUGCCUAAAGUUGCCACUGCUUGACACUUAUGAGGCUUUUAGGGAGAGCAUGGACUUUGCAAUAGGUAACACACAGGGUUUUGGUAGAGAAUAACUGGGGAACAUUGUGUGUGUUCCAGCCAGGUACCUUGUUCAGGAGGUUUCAACUAGAUAGGUUUUUUUUUUUUUGAUGCACUGUGAACAACAACUUCUGUUUUUUUUUUCUUUUCUUUAUUUUUUUAAGAUUAGCAAAGUGCAGAAAAAAACCUUUUCGUUUUUUAUCAACAAAUGGACAUUUUUUCUAGUGCUGACUGAGUAAUUGGGCACAUAAUUAAAGUAUUAUGGCACAGUGGUGCAAAUAAACAAAGAUAUGUUAUAACUUUUCAGUCUGUUACAAAAAAACCACAAUGUGUGC